UACUGUCAUCAACCUUCAUUUCUUUCUGUGCUUUGAGUUUAACCUGAGAUCCAUAAAAGUACACACUCCACACCUCUUCUUCUUUUCUUCAGAUCUUCACACCAGUAGUAGCCAUGCUCACAACACUAACCAGGGUGUUCAAGCACACCACACCUAGCCAAUUUGCUUCAAAAAACGCACCAGAUUCUAUGCAACUAUGGUUGGUGAAAGAAGCAGGCUAGAGGGAAAAGUGGCAAUCAUAACAGGCUCAGCAAGUGGACUUGGCAAGGCCACGGCCCAUCACUUUGUCCACCAUGGGGCCCAAGUCAUCAUUGCUGACAAUGACACCAUCCUUGGCCCACAAGUUGCACAGGACCUGGGCCCAUCAGCCCGUUAUGUGGAAUGUGAUAUUGCUGUGGAGGCCCAAGUUGAAGAAGCUGUGAAUGUUGCCAUGGCCCACUAUGGCAAGCUGGACAUCAUGUACAACAAUGCUGGCAUCCCAGGCCCAUCGGUUCCCCCAAGCAUAGCAGAUCUAGACCUUGAUGAGUUUGACAAAGUCAUGAGAAUCAACAUAAGGGGAAUGCUUGCUGGUAUAAAGCAUGCAGCCCGGGUGAUGGUACCCAUGGGCUCAGGCUCCAUUCUAUGCACAUCAAGCAUAAGUGGGGUAAUGGGUGGGCUUGGGCCUCAUCCUUAUACCAUAUCAAAGUUUACAAUACCUGGGGUAGUGAAAUCUGUAGCCAGUGAGUUAUGCAAAGUUGGGGUGAGGAUCAAUUGCAUAUCACCAGCUCCAAUUCCUACACCUAUGGUUUUGGCUCAAAUACAAAAGUUUUAUCCUGGUUUACCCCAAGAACAGAUAGAGGGUAUUGUGAAUGGUUUUGUUGGGUUAAAAGGUGCUAAGUGUGAGGACAUUGAUGUGGCAAAGGCUGCAUUGUAUUUGGCAUCAGAUGAAGCAAAGUUUAUCUCAGGUCACAAUCUCAUAGUUGACGGGGGCUUCACCAGCUUUAAAACUUUCACAUUCCCUUCUCCAUAACUAACCUUAACAAACAAAAUCUUCAUCAUUGACUUUAGUUUUUAUGCACUCUCAGUGUAAAUCAACCAAUCAUCCAAAAUCAUGUUAACUAUUAAUUUAUGAUUGUAAGAGUGUAAAAUUUCUCUUUUCUCUUGUCAAUUUGUGUAAUGUUUUAUGGCAUGACUGGGUUAAGAAUAUGUUGGAGCAUUUUGUGUAUACAUGUUUUGAUCCAAUGCACCUAUUUUGAGAGUCACUAAAGUCCUUAGGAAGGACAGCAAAAGGGUGAUGAGAUGGGAUGAAACUUUUGUGUGGUAGUUGUUUAAGGCAUAGAGAUAGGGAUAAGAGUCCUACACAUAUCUGGCCUGACCCAAGAGAUGGUUGACAUGAGCAAGCUGUGGCCUAUAUUUGAUAAUUCUUUACAUUUAUUGUGAUGGGACAUAUGUGAUUGAAG